CUGGCCUUUCAAUGGAAGAAAGUGCUAGAUUUGUCAGUGUUGUAUAAUAUAACCAAUUCUCAGUGUCCAUAUUUGUUUUGGAACGAUCGGAAUUGUCUUCAUUUAUUGUGAGAGACAGAACUGGCGUCAAACAUGCGUAAAAAUCAACGCUGUCCAAGCAGGGAACCGCCGAGAAAGGAAUUAUCGCCGCUCAUCUGAGGCCAAUCUCGAUUAUUUUUGUCAAAUAAGGAAACAUAACAUAGCUAGCUAGCUAACGUUAGCUCCGUAGAUAGCUAGGUUAACGACAUAUCUUCACACAAAAGCAGAAUCUAGCAGAUAAUCAAGAUUGGAUCUACAUUCGCACAACAGCAGGAAAACCUAUAGGCAGCAAUGGGUGCAUUCCUGGACAAGCCGAAGACGGAGAAACAUAGUGCCCACGGUGAGGGCAAUGGGCUGCGCUAUGGCCUGAGCUCCAUGCAGGGCUGGCGAGUGGAAAUGGAGGACGCCCACACGGCUGUGGUGGGCCUCCCCCAUGGACUCACCGACUGGUCCUUCUUUGCUGUCUACGAUGGCCACGCAGGCUCCCGGGUGGCCAACUACUGUUCCGGCCACCUGCUGGAGCACAUCUUGUCGGGAGGCGCCGACUUCGGUUCAGGACCCGGCUCCGUGGAGGGCGUGAAGGACGGCAUCCGCUCGGGCUUCCUGAACAUUGACGAGUACAUGCGCAGCUUCUCUGACCUGCGGCAGGGCCUGGACCGCAGCGGAUCGACGGCCGUGUGCGUGUUGCUCAGCCCGACCCACCUCUACUUCAUUAACUGCGGCGACUCGCGGGCCGUGCUGAGUCGAGACAGCAAGGUGGGCUUCUCCACCCAGGACCACAAGCCCUGCAACCCCCGCGAAAAGGAGCGCAUCCAGAAUGCUGGCGGCUCGGUCAUGAUCCAGAGGGUAAACGGCUCCCUGGCUGUGUCCCGGGCCCUGGGGGACUACGACUACAAAUGUGUGGACGGUAAAGGUCCCACGGAGCAGCUAGUGAGCCCUGAGCCCGAGGUGUGCGUGUUGGAGCGGGCGGCCGAAGGAGACGAGUUUGUGGUGCUGGCGUGCGACGGAAUCUGGGACGUCAUGUCCAACGAGGAGCUGUGUGAGUUUGUUCGCUCUCGACUGCUGGUGUGUGAUGACCUGGAGAAGGUCUGUAACUCAGUGGUGGACACCUGUCUGCACAAGGGGAGCAGGGACAAUAUGAGCGUGGUGCUGGUGUGUUUACCCGGAGCUCCCAAGAUCUCCGAGGAGGCUGUGAAGAAGGAAGAGGAAUUGGAUAAAUACCUGGAAGCCCGUGUUGAGGAGCUUCUGGGGAACGGUGGGGAGGCUGGAGUCCCUGACCUGGUGUCUGUCCUAAGGAGCAUUGCCACAGAGAACAUCCCCAACCUUCCACCUGGUGGAGGCCUGGCCAGCAAGCGGAGUGUGAUCGAGGCGGUGUACAACAAGCUGAACCCUCACAGAGAAGAGGAAGGGAGUGCCGGCGAGCUCGAUGACCCCUGGUAGCCGUGGCAACGACCCCCCUCCCCCUCCCCCGUCUCCUCCUGGUGAUCUGUGCAUCCACCCAGAGGAGGAGUGUCUCUCCAUUGCGCCAUGUCUUUCUCCACUAAAAGAGGACAUGUGGUGUGUGCUGGAGUGCGUGAGUGUGCGUAUGUUGGUUGUGCAUGUGUGUGUGCGUGCCCGUGCGUGCGUGUGUGUGUGCGCGCGCACGCGUGUGUGUGUGUGUGUACAGCAGUGGGACAAAGACGACAACGACGACAACUACACACACACACGCAUACUGCUUUAAACCUGGAGGAAAAAAAAAAACAGAAUCACUUUUCAGAAAUGUCAAGAUUUUAUGAACUGAAGCAUUGUGAUGGUAGAGAUGAUUUUUACCAUUGAGGUGUUUUUUUUUUGUUUUGUUUUUGUUUUUUUUCUUUUCUUGAAUGUUGACAUUGAACAUUUGACUUCACAAUGACAUGAGGACCUAUCGUGUGCGUGUGUUUGUGCGUGCGAGAGAGAGAGUUUGUGUGUGAGAGUGUUUCAAGGAGGGCCAAGAGGAGACAGAUGGUGGAUAAAGACUUUGUAUGUAA